AUGGCAGAAGAUGGCGCGGAUGCCGCGGAGGAAGUCAAACUCCCACGGGUCAGUUCUGUGGAGGCUCCGGAGCCGCCGGAUGUCCCCGGCCGCGUGAAAGAUGUGGAAGAGGCUGUGGCUGCAGUGGGUGGACGGAGAGCUGUGGCUGAUGCAAUUGCCGACAGAGCGAGGCUGCGAUUGCGCCUUUGCAGAAGCUACCAGUUUCAGGCGCCGAUGCCCAUGAAGCGGUACAGAACGUCGGACCUCCUGGUAAAAGCGCGAAAGAAGCCAGAUGGCACCUGGGACUGUGCGCCUGUGGCAUGGGUCCCUACCAGCUUCAGGGCAGAGGUGCUGGCAGACUUCGUCUUCGUACCGGGGGAGCAGCUGAAGUACGGUGAAAGUCCGGUGAUUGGAUCCAUUGAGCAGGAGAUCAGCGGAGAAGGUGUGGGCGGUCCUCCAUAUAUGCCUCCAGCAUAUUUCACAAGGGUGGACACCCCACAAGCCUACGAUUUCGAGGAGAACUCGUUUUUGAAGCGGCAGCGGAACAAAGAUGUCAAAGCCAUCACUGGCACUGGCGAAUCGAAGCUUUCGCGUGACUGGGUUGGGGUUCAUGUGGUGAAAUUCCAGAACGAAAAGGUUCCAAGUGAGCCGCCAGAAGGUGCCAAGGAUAUGUUGCGGGACGACGAACGAGAAGUGGUUGAUGCGCUGAAAGGGCUGUUUGAGGAACGUCCACUUUGGCUGCGCGGACCUGCCGAGGAACGACUCCGAGAGAAGGGCCUUCAGCCCAAUGUCAGCACUAUGCAGAAAACCUUCAUUUGUGUAAGCUAUCUCUGGUCGGAUGGCCCCUGGCGGCAGGUCUACAUCCGUUUGGGCUAUGACCCUCGCCAGCAUACCGAGUCACGCUUCAUGCAGGUGAUUGACUUCAGAGACCGCUUCCUGAAAGAACGACGUGCAUACUUUGAGAGAGUCCAAGGGACCUUCGAUCAGACACCCGCGGAUGCACUCGACUGUCAUUUUCGGACACCUCCGGUCAACCGGUCUCAGCUGUAUCAGUACAUUGACAUUGAGGAUGAGGUUGUGCAGCAGCUGUUGAACUCUUCUGAAAUCUUGGAGGAGUGCUCUUUCAAAACUGGCUGGCUGCCGCAGAAAACCUUGGAUGCUAUACGCGAGCGCAUGUCCGUAAAGGCGGAGCUCCUGCGUCGCACGCGGCAGCCACAUCUCUUGCAGGAUGCUUCAACUCCUGCAUUGGCUGAGGCUGCUUCAUCUUCCGGCAAACAGGACGAGGCGCCAAAGAAGCGUCUCAAGGACAAGGAGACUCCGGAGACGGAUACCCAGGAGGCUGACGCAGAGGCGGCACCCAAAGCGAAGCGCACCAAACGAAAAGAGUGA